UGUGUGCCCCCUCCCAACCACUCAUUUUUCCUUAUUCCACCACCCCCGCCUUGCCCCUCUUUGCCCAGGUCGGAGGUGGGUUUCCAGUCAGGUGCGCUGAGGCUGCUCGCCAUGUCACGGUCCGGGGACAGGACGUCUACCUUCGACCCCAGCCAUAGCGACAAUCUGCUUCACGGCCUCAACCUGCUGUGGAGGAAGCAGCUGUUUUGCGACGUGACCCUGACGGCCCAAGGCCAACAAUUCCAUUGCCACAAGGCCGUGCUGGCCUCAUGCUCUCAGUACUUCCGAUCGCUCUUCUCCAGCACCGCCGGAGGAGGAGGCGGGGGAGGCGGUGGCGGCGGCGGGGGGAGCGGGCAUCAUCACCCCUUGGGCGUCGGACCGGGUGCUCAGGACGGCCUGCUUCCCAAGGAGCAGCAGCAGCAGCAGCAGGAGGAGCCCGGCACGCCCUCCUCCUCUCCGGAGGACAAGCUGUUGGCCAGCCCCAGGGCCAUCAACAACCUGGUGUUGCAAGGCUGCUCGUCGAUCGGACUGCGACUGGUGCUCGAGUACCUGUAUACAGCCAACGUGACCCUCUCCCUGGAUACGGUGGAGGAGGUGUUGUCGGUCAGCAAGAUCUUGCACAUCCCGCAGGUCACCAAGCUGUGCGUGCAGUUCCUCAACGACCAGAUUUCCGUGCAGAACUACAAGCAAGUGUGCAAGAUCGCAGCCUUGCACGGCCUCGAAGAGACCAAGAAACUGGCCAACAAGUACCUUGUGGAGGACGUGCUGCUGCUCAACUUCGAGGAGAUGCGCGCCCUGCUCGACUCGUUGCCUCCUCCGGUAGAAUCGGAGCUGGCGCUCUUCCAGAUGUCCGUGCUGUGGCUGGAGCACGAUCGGGAGACCCGCAUGCAGUAUGCCCCGGACCUCAUGAAGCGUCUCCGCUUUGCCCUUAUCCCGGCCCCGGAGCUUGUCGAGCGGGUCCAGUCGGUGGAUUUCAUGCGUACGGACCCCGUCUGCCAGAAGCUACUUCUGGACGCCAUGAACUACCACCUGAUGCCUUUUAGGCAGCAUUGCAGGCAGAGUCUGGCCAGCAGAAUUCGUUCCAAUAAGAAAAUGCUUUUAUUGGUUGGAGGGCUGCCUCCUGGACCUGACCGGCUACCCAGCAAUUUGGUUCAGUAUUACGAUGAUGAAAAGAAGACAUGGAAAAUACUGACAA